CCGGACUGUGUUUGUGGCGGUCGGUGUGCUACUCCCCCUCUCUGAGGCUUCCCGUCUCUACGCGGGGGACAAAGCAGACGGCUGUCCCCGUGCUGCGCCGCAGACCGGCAUGAAAGCAGCUUGCCAAGUAUCAUGACGCACCAAAAUAUGAGGCACUGACUUGGACUUCUCUUCUCUUGAGUCUACCAUGUGGCAGCGCCCACGCUGUUUAAGCUGAGUUUCAGCGGCUCCCCCGGAAUGGAGCAGCCGUACAAGACUUGUGUGUCAUCCAGUCCGGUUUGUCAUCUCUGCCCUACGUUUCGUGUUGUUGUCAGUGUUUGGUGAUGUCAUUGUUCUCUUUCGGAUGGAUCUGUACUCUGUCGCUGCUGCCUCGCAUCUCUCGAAGUGAGAACUCGCUCUGCAAAUGUGCGUCCCCAAAUUCACAAACUUGGACCGCUGCCUCUGUUCGCGGCGAGCGAAAUCCAGGCUCGUCUCCUGCGCUCCAAACCUCUGUCACUGCACGAUGUGGUGGACGGUGGUGUGACACCGCAAAGGGACAGCCAGAACUAUCGCUAAACUAUAGCAAAAUCAACUUUUGCUCUGCUGAUGAAGAUUUGUUUGCCCGGUCCAUGUGGAAGUGCUCUGGGAGUAACUGAGUAGGCUAUCAAUUAAAAAGUACUACGUCUUUAAGUUAUAGGUGUCAAUCAUUUCAAUUUACUCAUCUGACCGUCCAAAGUCAAAUUGCAAAGGAUGCGAAGGCGAGCAUGAUGCUCUGAUUUCAUACCUUCUGUUGUUGCUAACGCACAAAGGGAGCGACAUUGGAUUAUAAACUAUGUGGAGUGAUUCCUGAGGAUUGAGUCGCUGCUCUCCACGGGUGUCUGGAGCAGAGCAGCCCGAGGAUGACGGGAGUAACCCGGGAGGCGCCUGUGAACGCCUCUCCGGCGGUUGCGUCAAACGCGGAGGGCGAGGAGAUUGAGGUUUUGGAAAGCACCGACGUCCUCCCAGUGGCUCCAGAGGACCAAUGGAAGUCUCUGUUUGACAAGUAUGAUCCAGACAAUUCUGGCUUCAUUAGUACAGAACGGUUCAGGGACCUGCUGGCGACCCACGGCUCCGAGCUUGACCCUCACAAACUGGAAGUCCUAUUGGCCCUCGCUGAUGGUAACGCAGAUGGAAAGAUCUGCUACCAAGACUUUGUCAACCUGAUGAGCAACAAGCGCUCCAACAGUUUCCGGAGGGCCAUCCUGCAGGGUAGCAGGCAGCUUAAAGGUUGCAGUCUUAGAGAUGAGGCGGGCUUGGGACUGUCUCAACGGCUGGUCCGGCAUGUCGCCUACGAGACGCUGCCUCGCGAGGUUGACCGCAAGUGGUACUUUGACAGCUACACCUACUGCCCCCCACCCUGGUUCAUCCUGGCUAUCACCAUUGCUGAGGUGGCCGUGUUCAUGUACUAUGGGCUCCAGCUGGACCGCUUAGUCCUGCAGGUAUCCAGCCCGUUCUUUCUGAAGAGUCCCUUUCCUUACCACCCGCAGCUACGAGCCCAGGCCUGGAGGUACCUCAGCUACAUUUUCAUGCACACUGGGAUUGAACACCUGAGCUUGAACAUGGCCAUGCAGCUACUGGUGGGGGUCCCUCUAGAGAUGGUCCACGGAGCCCUGCGGAUUGGACUGGUCUAUGUGUGUGGUGUGCUGGCAGGGUCGUUGGCGGUAUCUGUAACGGAUAUGACAGCUCCAGUGGUCGGCUCAUCUGGUGGAGUAUACGCUCUGGUCUCCGCACAUUUGGCCAAUGUAGUAAUGAAUUGGUCGGGAAUGAAGUGUCAGUUUAAGUUAUUUCGGAUGGCUAUGGCUCUGGUCUGCAUGAGUGUAGAGUUUGGUCGGGCAGUGUGGCUGCGGUUCUAUCCACCGGCCUUUCCUCCAUGCCCCAAUCCUAGCUUCGUAGCUCACCUGGGAGGGGUGGUGGUUGGUCUGACGUUAGGUGUGGUAGUAUUGCAGAACUACGAGCAGCGACUCCAGGAGCAGUCCCUAUUUUGGAUCUUCUUCUGCGUCUACACCUUGUUUGUGCUCUGUGCCGUCUUCUGGAACAUCUUUGCAUACAGCUUGCUUGAUGUGCGACUGCCCCCACCACCUUGACUUGCUUAUUAGAGGCAGACUAGACUCUGUAUCUCUUUUUUUCCUCCAUCAGUAGAUCCCUGACCGCCUGGCUGGAUGAGUCAGCCCUAAUAUUGUGAGCCUCAUUGUGUGGUGAUCGGAGUCAUCUGACAGCCACCCUCUUCCUUGCAUCAGCGAUCUGAUGCAGGAAUGCACCUGACAUGCAGCAGCCCUUGCUGUCGGUCUUAUUAUACCUUUUUCUGCCCACCUGCUCCCUUUUCUGGUUCAGUAUUACAAUUGUUUCCGUUUACCAUACAAGCUAACCUACAUCUGCUCUUCGUCUACAUCUCUGUUGGACGUUUGUGUCAAGAGUAUCAGUCAGUGGGACUUUUGUUGACAACACAAGGACAAAAGUCAAGACAAAACAGGAACAAACAGAAACACUACUGUCCACAUGGCUUAACCUUCUCUGCCUCAUCCUACACAAUCCAACGGUGCCUUCUCAUGGAGAUGUGAGCCUGAUAAGUAUUUCUGCACAGUUGCCUCUUGUGUGGGGUGACAAUAGUAACGCCCUGCAGUAUAACCCAUUUUCAGACCGAAGAGUUCGUCAUGAUCCCGAAAUCUGCCUGCCCCCUCAUCAUCAGUAAAUUAAGAAUAAGGUCAUAUGAGAGUAACCUCUUUGUUGAGUUGAUGUUAUGUCAUCAUUACGAGCAGCUCAUAAACAUGAAAGGGUUUAGAUUAAACAGACAGCAUGAUAGCUAAACCUCUCCAAGUUUGAGAGGAUGGAGUAUAUAGGCUACAGCAAAAGUUAUUAUGAAAGUACCUUUGAAGGAGGGUGGGUUACUUGCCUUUAGACUUUUUUGUGUGCAAGUUGUGUGGUAACUGUACCAUUGUGCAUACAGAUAAAGACGCAAGAAGCAGAAGUGCCAUUCAGACUUUUAAGCUUUCAAAAAUGAUGCCAAAACAUUGCUACAAGCAUUUGUGCAAGCAAAAAUACAUCAAAUUUAGUCUGUAACGAGUCAGUCAUACGUAUCUACUGUAACAGAAAAUGUUCAUAAUCUCAAGAAAAAAAAUUCUCUCACUCACAUCCUUUAAACGACAGGUUAAAAAUAGCAAAGAAGUGGCAGAAGUUUAUUUAUUGAUUGGCGGGGUGGUGAAUUAAGGCAAAGUUUAAUUAGACUAAUGAAAACACUCACCUGUGCCAAUCUAAAUAAAUCUAGUCUGUUUUCUCAUUACCAAACAUAGAAGAGCAAACAUGCCUGACCUCAACUACAUCUGGGCUGAGCUUGUUUCACUCUCACAUCAGGAGGCAUUUGGUGAAAGAAGAAAAAUCAAUGCUCCCUCAUUAGUUCUUGUCACAAUGUAAAUUGUCAAUUGAUUGGACCGGGAUAGAAAACUACCCCAGCCCUAAGCUGCAAGUCCCAAACUGUACUCUAACCUCAUGUUACACUGGUAACUGCUUUGCACAAACAUUAUUAUGUAAUUAUAUACAGAUUAAUAUUUUAACAUGCAUUUGUUGUUGCUGAUUUUUCUUGUUUUUAACUUUGUGAAAUUGGUAUGUGUACAUUUUUUUUGAUCUGUCUGCAUCGUGAUAUGUUAGCUAUAUCGUGUAUGUACACUAUUUAUUGAUUGGUUAAAAAUGGUCUGGGGUUGUAUGUAAUAAGGGCUAUGACACAGAAGUGAGAGAGGGAUAGAUUUCUGAUAAUAUUUUAACAUUGUGCAAAUUUUGUAGAUUUGAUAUGUGCAUAAAGUAGUUCAUUAAACAGUUUUAUACAGAAAAAAA